UAGCCGGAGGCCUGCUGAUAGGAUUGUGUGCUCCGAACGACAGUCGACGGAGCGACCGCGGCACAACGAGAGAGCGGGCGCGCCGGCCGAGUCGACGCGUCGGAAAAAGCGAGCAGCCGUUAAGAAUGAGCGGCUACCCAGGCGGCUUGAGUCCGCGCCAGCAGGCCACGCUUGACCAGUUCCGCAAUGCGGUGGCGGAUGUCAAGAGGCCGUCGGACACGGAUGCCUUCCUGUUACGCUGGCUACGGGCACGGGAUUUCGAUGUGGCCAAGGCGGAGCGGAUGUACCGUCACGACCUCAAGUGGCGGAAGGAAAACGGCAUCGACGACAUGUUACAAAGUUACGAAGCAUCCGAGAUAGUGAAGGAAAACUAUCCUGGCGGCGUCCUGUACCCCUGCAAGGAUGGCAGGCCUCUGUGGAUGGUUCCAGCCGGAGUGGAUUUUCAAGCGUUCAUAGCGUCACUGACGCCCGAAGUUGUGCAGCGACACUGUACGUACCUCAUGGAGUACACGGAGUUCCUCAAGCGUUCUGCUUCGAAGGAGGGUGGAAAGGAAAUACAGUCUCAAUACAUGGUCAUAGACUUGGAAAAAUUCAGCCUGCGUAACCUGUACUGUUGGCAAGCUGUAAAAACUCUUACCAACGUACUGCAAACCAUGGAGAACCACUAUCCGGAGUGCCUGGAGAAGUGUAUUGUUAUCAAUGCGCCAAACUUCUUCCCCGUGCUGUGGAAGAUGGUGCGGCCGUUCUUGACGCAGAGGACGACUGACAAAAUUGAAGUUUACGGCAAAGAUGGCUGGAAGGAGAACGUAUUGAACAUCAUUGACGCUGCUCAGCUGCCGGCCUACUGGGGUGGAGACAUGGUGGGGCCUGACGGAGACCCACGGUGCAAGCACAAGGUGAACUUUGGCGGCCGGUUCGAAGAGGGCGUGACGCGUUCCGCCUCCUCCGUGUUCGACGAAAUGGGCGCCCAGCAGCGCACCAUCGCCCGCCGCGAGCGGUGGGAGCUGCCGGUGGACGUGGACAGGGCUGGCUUGCGGCUCAGUUGGCGAUUCCAGGUGGCUACGGGAGACGUGGCCUUCGGCUUGCGCAUGCGCAGUGGGGAGCGCCUGCUGCCCCUGCGACGCCUCGACGCCUGUAACUACAUACCGCAGGAGGGAAGCUGGGACUGCGACACACCGGGAACAUAUGUGCUCGAAUUCGACAACAGCUACAGCUGGUUGACUGACAAGACGAUCGCCUACGUGGUUUGCGUGCAGACACCAGAGGAAGGCUCCUGACUGCUCUCUUCCGGCUACGACUAGGUCCAUAACUAUAUAACGCAUGUAAUGAGGAACAAAUAAAAAUUUAUUGUUGUU